GUGACGCAGUACACACAAGACCGCUAUUCGUCGCUCAGGAAACGGACUGUGCUCGAGACCGAUUGCAUUAUGAACAAAUUUCGCCUAGGCAUGCGAACAAUUAUGCAUUGCUACUCAAUUUAAGGACAGGCCAUUUAUUUCAGUUGUAAUGCUUAAUAUUAUUGAGAUAUUAGAUUCCGUGUCAGCAGUGAGCUAGCUAGCUAUCUAUCAAGCAUCUUCUGACAGUGACAUUUGUCUCUGCCUUGUGCUGUGUUCUCCUUCUUGGAAUGGGAUCGCAGACUGAUGUUCCGAACAGCUUAGUGAUUCAAACGAACAAAUCCAGAUCCUCCGUCUCUGAGUGACGCAGCUAUGUAUGUGUUUGGGCCCCAUGGUUGACUGCCAGGUGUGUGUAGUGUUUUUAUUCCCCGUGCUCCUCCAUAGCCAACCCCAGCCCAAUAUCCCCCAGCCCCAUAUCCCCCAGUCCAAAGCCCUAGCCCCAUAUCCCCCAGUCCAAAACCCUAGCCCCAUAUCCCCCAGUCCAAAACCCUUGCCCCAUAUCCCCCAGUCCAAAACCCCAGCCCCAUAUCCCCCAGUCCUAGCCCCAGCCCGCUUAACCCUGUAUCAGAGUAUUUUGCUUGAACUAUCCCCUGUCUACGUCCUAGCCCCAGCUCCAAACCCGUGCCCGUUUUCCCCUAGAUCCUUCUCCUUCCUUUCCUCACACCAGCCCCCUUGCCCAUUCAAUUCAAAUCACCCACUUCCAGACCUAGCACCAGCCCCACUCCCAACCCUGUUCCCCCAGCCGCACACUCUAUCCGCCAGCCCAACACUCUAUCCCCUACCCCUCUCUCCUGGCCCACCACCAUCUAUCUCCAGCCCACGUCCAGCCUCCAUACCAUGCUGGGGAGAAACAUGUCCCAGAAGCUGAGUGGGCUGCUGAUAAUCUUGGGGCUGGCGUGGGGGCUCAUGUUGCUGCGCUACACCGUGCAGCAGCCGCGCCACAAGAGCAGUGGCGAGCUACGCCAACAGAUCCUGGAGCUGAGCCGGCGAUAUGUCAAGGUGCUCAACGAGGAGAACCAGAACACACUGGGAGGACCGCAGGGCCCCUCCAUGGCCGGUUAUGCUGAUCUGAAGAGGACCAUAGCAGUGUUGCUGGACGACAUCCUGACGCGCCUGGUCAAGCUGGAGGGGAAGAUGGAGCUGGUCGCCAACACUUCAGCCACUAACUCCUCCCAUCCUGCAGCAGGCUCCCUGGCCUCAGCUCCAGUUGCCUUACACAAGCAGGACACGCCAGGCAACCACCGCCUGGAAACACCUCGCCUCCCUCCACAAACACCCAACAGACCUCGCCCAGGGGUAUAGUAGUAUCAGUGAUUAGCUCAUGGGAGGAAGAAAAGAGUGAGGAUGUAUUCUAGAUCAUUUAAAACUAACCUAACCCUGAGAAAGGACUGACUGCCUGUACCUUUCCAAUAACUACUUGGCUGAUUGACAUUUUUUUACAUAGACAUUUGAGCAUCUUUUUUAAUACUCUCAGUCAUGGACUCUUAGGCAUACAUUUUAGAUUCCCUAAUUGUUUUUUCAUGAAAGGGUCUACAAACUGCGGCUGUCUUUGAGGAUGUCUAUGGGCAACAACAAAGCAUCAACAACAGUAGAGGAAAUGAACAAAUGUUUGUACUCUGUGGAGUCUUCAAGGAAGCUGAUGAUGAAUAUGAAUGGCACAGCCACCCCGAUAUUUUAUCCCUUGGACAGACCGACUACGAAUUUGCUGUACUGCUUCUUUAAAUCUCAUCCAUAUCAGAAGUUGCUCAACUAAACAAUGCACUCAUGGUAGUUUUGGAAAUUAUGUAUUUGAGUUUGCAGAAGCUCCUGGUGUUAAUAUGUAGAUUUGAAGAGUCCCUUUUUAGCUGUUUUAUAUAUAUAUAUGUGUAUAUAUAUAUAUAUAUAUA